UAGUAUUGAAGUAUGAAUUCGCACGAAAAAAUGACAACAAUAUAGAGGCUCGAGUCUCGAUCUAAUCUUUUUCAGAGCCCAUAUAAUAAGCGAAAGUCUAGUCUAAUCCACAUUGUCGGCCUGGUUAAAGUUUAUUGAUCGUCACACUAACAUAAAGACAUCGUUGUUCAGUUCAAGAAUAUCAACGAUGACAAGCUUAUUAUAUUUUUCUUUGCUGCUGUGCUUCGUCACCCAUGUACUUUGCGAGCAACACUGGGCUUUGCUUGUUGCAGGUUCCAGUGGAUAUGACAAUUACAGACAUCAGGCUGACGUCUGCCAUGCAUAUCAUGUAAUAAAGAGUCAUGGUAUCCCAGAUGAAAGAAUCAUUGUGAUGAUGUAUGAUGAUAUAGCCUACAGUCCAUAUAAUCCAGAGAAGGGAAACAUUAUCAAUCAUCCUGAUGGUCCUAAUGUGUACCCUGGUGUUCCUAAAGAUUAUACAAAUACGGACCUUACCCCAGAAGUUUUUCUGAAAGUAUUAACUGGCGAUGCUGCAGGAGUUAAGAAAUUAUUGGGACGUGAGGGCAAGGUCAUUGGCAGUGGUCCUGAUGAUAGAGUGUUUGUAAAUUUUGUUGACCAUGGUGGAGUUGGAAUCCUUUGCUUUCCCAAUGAUGUGCUUCAUGCUGAUGAGCUUCAUGCAACUAUCAAGUAUAUGCACACCAAGAAGCUCUAUAAACAGAUGGUGUUUUAUGUUGAAGCCUGUGAGUCUGGUUCAAUGUUUGAAAAAAUUCUGGAAUCAAAUCUAAAUGUAUAUGUCACCACUGCUGCCAACUCAGUAGAAUCUUCCUUUGGUUGUUACUAUGAUAGUCAUCGCAGCACUUAUCUUGGAGAUGUUUAUAGUGUCAUGUGGAUGGCAGACUCUGAAGUGGAAAAUUUGAAUAUAGAAACACUGGAUGAUCAAUUUAAUAUUGUGCGAGCAGAAACCAACACAAGCCAUGUGUCCAAGUACGGACAAGCUGACUUGGGAAAACUUAAAGUUGCAGACUUUCAAGGCAACCUUACGGAAGGUGCCCUGCGAUUUAUUCCAAACAGAAGAAUUCAUCCAACAGCAGAUGCAGUAUCUGCUGAAGACAUAGAUAUUGAGAUUUUAAAAAGAAAACUCUCAGACUCCAAUGGACUGGAGCAGCUGAAAUACAGGACACAAUUAGAGUCUUUAAUGCAGCAAAGGAAAAAUAUUGAACAGUUUUACAAAAAUGUUGUGGCCAAUGUGACUGACGCUCAUUUGUAUGAUUACUUUGUGAGUGCUCCACUUCACUUCAGUAGCUUCAAAUGUUACAGACAGAGUAUUUAUCUUGUACAGAAAUUGUGUCCAGGCAUGAAGUUGGUGCAGAAUCAAUAUGCUCUAAGAAAACUUCGAGUUCUUGCUAAUUUAUGUGAAAGUGAUAUUGAUGAAAAGAUCUGGUCAGCAGUGGUCAAGGUGUCCCUUCAAUCCAGCUUCUGCUCAGCAUAGGUCCUUAGAAUUAUUUUGAGCUGACUUGUUUUUUUUUAAGUCUCUCAAGAGUUGAAUUUUUUAAAAACUUUUUUUUUAUUGCUAGCAGCUAUUUGUGUAGGUCAGGCUCAGUGUUACUUGAAGAACAACCAAAAUCUCACUCUGCUAUUUUAUACAGUGGAUCUGUUUUAUACAGUGGAUCUGUUUUAUACAGCAUUUAUUGAUCAGCUAUUCUAUUAUAGAGCAAUAAAACUUUGUGAUGAUAAAGGAUUUCUAGAAGCAAAACAAGAUGAUUGAUUUGUUAUGAGGUAAGAUGUUCCUAAUGUGUUCAGACUUUGUAAUAGUGUAGGCCUCCUUCUGUAAUCAUAGUACAUGAUUCUGAUUUUAUUUGUAUAUGUAGGCAGUAAUUUUGUAAUAAAUGAUUAGUGAGCUGCUCAUGUAAUGAAAUGAACUGAUGUGGUAUCACAUUUUAAAUUGACCAAAGUGAUUAUUGUUAGAGAACCUUCAUCUCUAGAAAAAAUUUUUUUAAUAGAAAUUAAUCUCUCAGGAAGUAGGCCUAGUUGAAAUCUAUACACUGUAUUCUUGUUACAAAGUAAAAUGUCUUUCACAAGUUGAUGUUGGAUUGAUUCUAAUAAUGAUUGAAAUCAACAAUUUUAAAGUUUAACAAUCAAAAGUAUUUUUUUUUAUUUGUGUCCCAAGCAUUUUUUAUUAGCUUUGUACUUUUUUUUUUCAUGUCAUAAUUCAAUGUAAAUAAAAUUUGUAUUUUUUUAAUGUUUCAAAAACUGAAAGUCAUUUGUUUUGUAGUACUAAUUUUUUAAGUUGCUGAAUCCAAACCUCUGCUCCCUUAAACACACAAACACCUUUAGGCAGCUUAUUGCACACUGUACACUGUGCUACAUUCUGGCAGAUCCUGCAACACUUCUGACCCAAAAUUGUAUUGGCCAAUACACAGGCUUCCAUUUCUUCUUCCAUGAGAUAAGUCAAGAGUUUGUCUUAUACCUGAAGGAGGCCAAUAGCUUUUAAAAAGAAAUUGAAAUAAUUAUUUGAUAACUUUUCUUCAGAAUAAGCUUCGCCAUUUUUUAAAUAUAUAAAUAAAUAAAUCUAACUGAAGACAUCACACUAUUGCAUUGUGCUCAAUGACCUAUCACCAAUCUAAAGUUACCAAAAUUUGAUUUGUGAACUUGUGAAUAUAUAAUAAUUACAAAAGAUUCUUACUAAAUUAUUAAAUUUUUACUAACUUUACUAUUUUAA